UCUCAGGACGAAAGGACGAAACGGGAGGGGGAAGAAACGAACGUCGGCACGGUGGGGAUAUGAACGAGAUGAAUUCGCGCAGAGCGGAAGGGAGUCUGUGGUACCGAGAGGAAAAGAGAGCUUCGGAGAGGGAUGGAGGUGGAUCGAGGGAGAGAGAGAGAGAGAAACAUGGUAAACCAGAGAGAGAGAGGACAGUUACCCGUUAGCUUUCGUCGCCGUCGGGUCAACCGGUGGUAGUGGAUGCGAUGUCGAAGGAUCUCACCAUCUGCAACGUGGAUUUUAUUUAUAAAAUUCAAUUCGCCUUUUAUUACGGUAUUCAGUUUUAUCGGUUUAGAUUCGAACAGCUUUCGAAUUCGUAGGGAUAUUUUUUUUUUGCUCAACAAAUGAAUAAAAUUAUCAUCAUUUUUAAACGGUUUUUUUACCGGGCGUUCAAUUUCGUUAUCACCAAAAAUUACGUAAACGCAUCACGGACAAGAUAUGACACUUGUCAAUGACAGUGGACAGUGAGUGAAUUAUUAUUAUCAUCGUUCAUUAUCGUUAUUCGUCAUUGUCAUUCAUUGUUACCAUCGGUACGCGUGAAUUUUCGUAAAUUCGACGAAACUUAGCGCAGGCAAUCGGGGAGAUUGUUGAGUCGUGGGGAGAAAAGGGCGCGAGUGAUUUUUCACUCUUAUAUUAUUACCACGGUGGUGUGUAUGUUUAUAAAAAUUAUCAUAUUCGGUAUACGUCGUUCUCCAUAAAUAUAAGUAUGUCUCGCAAUUUCAAAGUUUUAUAAAAGAAUUUUAUUUUCAGACGAGCGUGUAAUUUCUUUCGUGUAUCGAGUCCUGCGGGGGGGUGGUGUUUAAAACUUUCAAGUUCAUCGCGCUCGUUGAUGUAAUUCCCAUUUCUAUGAGGAACAUUUAUUCUACCUUCAAAAUACCUCAUACACAUAAUAUACAUACAUAUAUACUUGGUGCGUUCGAAACGAAUCGUCGGUGAUGUUGAUUACAAUAUUAACAAUCGAUUAAUCGGCAAAGGUGCACGUAUCGCGUAGCACGGGGGCGUGAAAGGGAUGAAAAUAUUAUAACCCUCGCGCGUAAAAUGACCUCGUGCUUUUUAUGAAAAGUGGGGAACGAUAUAACCACGGGAAAAUGGAACCUGUCGUCGGCUACAGUGAGUGAAUUUAAGGUGCAAGCAUGUGCUGGAGAAUUGCCACGAUUUACAUAAUGGCUCACCUAGCGAGCAUUCUCGCUGAUAUGGAUUAUAUGGCUCUUCUUUCGGAAACACUUCGCACUCGUUACCUACUGGGAUGCACGGCUUCGUCGUCGGACGAAUCGAUUCCGAUGAUUCUUCGAUGUCCUCCCGGUACAACGAUCAGCGUUACACUCGCACAUUACACGGAUAAUCCAACGGCAUCCAUGGGAUUGAUAGAAAUUCCGCAGUGUCCGCUGCCCAUCAUAAGUCCGGACGACGUUUUCAGCCUCAAUUGCACCAGCAAUAUGCAGUACUCUUUGCUACAAACCGUCGUGGAAGCUUGCCAAAAAAAGAGACAAUGCCGAGUGUCGACAGCCGAGGGAAACGAACGCGACCCUUGCCUAUUACACGCUCGUCUACGUCGACCUAGACUGGUCGAACUCGCCUACAAAUGUCGACCCUACGAGUUCAGGAGCAAAUUAUCCUGUGCCGGUGAGAAAGUUCUGCUGUCCUGCAAUCCCGGAAGCAGAAUAGCCGUUUACAGCGGGGUGUACGGACGGACCGAGUACGAAAAUCUUCACUGUCCUCAACCGCCCGGCGUACCCGAAGAAACCUGCGUCACCGAAGGAGGUACGAGAACGGUAAUGAGAGCUUGUCACGGGCGGAGAAGCUGCGCUUUGACUACAACCCCCGAAUUAUUUAUACGUCCCAUGAACCCAAAUCCUUGCAAAUAUCCGAACACGAAGCCUUAUCUAUACGUGGUCUACACCUGCGUGCCUAGGAAGGUGCUCGCUGAAGAAUACGAAAUGCCGUUAUUACCGGACGAAGACGAACACCUCCGGGAGGCGGAUAUCCUCGAGGAGGGCUUUGACAAAGCUGACUUCAAAGCAGCCUUCAGUCCAAGUCCCAACCUGGUCGGUUCUCUGGCGGACACGGUGAACUCGACAUUGCGGACUCCGCAACUACGACCUCCGCUCACCAAGGAUGGUGCAGGUUUUGGGGGUGACAAAGAUGAAGGGAUGUUCUACGUAUGGGUAGGCGUUUGCUCCGGUGUUCUGCUGACUCUUAGCGCCGUUCUCGCAAGGGUUGUUGUACAGCAGUUAAGUUCCAAUCGACCUCUGACACCAGAUAAUGCACCGAGAACCAAAUUUCCAACUGAUAUCGGAGCUGUAGAGGCAGAAGUCGAUCUCACCACAACAACCCUUUCGAUCACCAAGAAAAAAAGCGUGCCCCACGUCGUUGAAGACACAAUGACGUUUAGUGCUGAAAAUCGUUAUCCCCUUAAACCAAUAUCGACAACCCAUAGAGGACUUGUCGAAACUUCCCUUGUUACAACGAAUGACCUCGUCGAAGCUUCCCUUCGAAGUGGGCAGACCCUUUACUGCCCUGCGUGACGUCAGGGAGGUGGCCGUCUACCCGAUGUUCGUGCUACCGUUUUAACAUCGUCGUCGCAACUCCAGGGUAGCGAUCGUCGAACGUUAGAAGAUGGCCACCGUAAAGAAAGGACGCGAAGAGGUAGUCAAAGAUCGAGACCAAGAUCUAGAUCAUCGGACGUUAUUGGAGAACCUAAAUCUUGUACGAGAAUGUACUGUUUCUGAAAGUGUACUAUAUACUUCUGAGGUGAAUUAAUAUUCCACCCCUUGAGAUCCUAUACGAUAUCAAUUUAACAUCCUGAAGUCUCGACUAUACAUAUAUAGGUCUAAAUUUUCGUCCAGAAUGUAUCUCUGCAAUUUUUUUACUUUUGCACAAACAUGAAGAAGAUAAAACAAAUUGUUGUCAGCGGAUGUAAAUAGACUGUAAUCUGGUACCUCACGAAAAGGUAAAGGAAAGUUUGAUGAGUUAACAACAAAAUCAAAUUUUUCAAACUUCUAAAAAUAAAUCAUAUUUACAAUUAUUAUUAUUAUACAAAUCAUGUUACUACGGUAUAUUCCAAAGAGAUGUUUGUAAACGACUUGUAAAUAGUAAGUCUUUGUUGUUUAAUUAAUAACAUGUUCAUGCUGUAUAAUCAAUAAACACGAAAACUAUGUUUUAGCAAAAAAUCAGCUCCAUUUUUAAAAGGCGCUUUAUAAAAUCGGGAACCUUUUAUGGUACGUCUUUACAUUACAUAACUGUAAGAAAGAAAACCAACGCCAUUAUUCGUUUCUUUUCUUUAUUAUGUCGAAUCAAUACAUGUCAUUUUCCAUACAAUAUAUUUUAUUUAAUCUGCAUGUCGCAAUAUGGAUCUUACGUAUAGUAUCAUAAAACAUCCACCACAACUUAAGAUAAACGUCUUCGCUACUAGCAAGAAGACACAAAAUA